AUGGCGACGAAGAAUGCUCCAAAGCCUAAAAAGGCUCCCAAGAUCAAGCAGAUGGAGCUCCCGAAUGCUGCUGCCGGCGUUGUCACACGAUUCCCUCCUGAGCCUUCAGGUUACCUACACAUCGGUCACUCUAAAGCCGCCCUUCUCAAUGACUACUUUGCACACAUCCAAUACCCUGGCGGAAAGUUGAUCCUCCGUUUUGACGACACAAAUACCGAGAAAGAAAAUGCGGAAUUCCAAGACGCAAUCCGCGAGGAUGUCGCACUUCUGGGGAUUACACCAGAUACAAUUUCAUACACGAGUGACUACUUUGACCAGAUCGACGAGUACUGUGUCAAGAUCAUCAAGUCAGGAAAGGCCUUUGCCGACGACACCCCGGGCGAUGUUAUGAGUGCUCAGAGAAUGGCUCGCGAGCCUAGUGUUCACCGGGACGACAGCGUUGAGGACAAUCUUGCAAGAUAUGAGGAGAUGAAGAAGGGAACCGAUGAAGGACGAAGAUGGUGCAUCCGAGCAAAGAUCUCAUUCGCCAACGACAAUGCCUCCCUCAGAGACCCGGUCAUCUUCCGCUGCCCGAAAAAGCAAUCUCCUCAUCAUCGGACUGGGGACAAAUACAAGGCCUACCCUACCUACCAAUUCGCUUGCCCCAUUGUGGACUCUCUCGAGGGAGUGACCCACGCUUUGAGGACGACCGAAUACAAUGAUCAGGAUGCUCAGUACAAAUGGAUCCUCAAGGCGUUGGAACUGAGAGCUCCGUUUAUCUGGACCUUCUCAAAGAUUCAGUUCAUACGCACCCUCAUGUCUAAACGCAAACUGACCAAGCUGGUCGAGGCCGGUGUUGUGUCCGGCUGGGAUGACCCGCGCUUCCCAACUGUCCGCGGAAUCCGACGGCGAGGUAUGACGGUUGAGGGCCUCCGAGACUUCAUGGUUAGUCAAGGGCCUAGCAAGAAUGUCGUCAACAUGGACUGGCAUACAAUCUGGACCAUGAACAAGAAGGUGAUUGAUCUGCAAGCGGGCCGAUAUACUGCCAUCGAUAAGAACCAUGUCGUCUGCAAAAUCAAAGGCACGAAAGAGGAGCCUUAUUCGGAGAUGAAACCCAAACACGCAAAGUACGAUCUGGGCCAGAAGAAGGUCGUCUAUAGUUCGAACAUUAUCAUCGAACAGGAAGACGCCCGGACAUUCGCCAAAGAUGAGGAGGUCACGCUCAUGAACUGGGGCAACGCCUACAUCCGAGACAUUCAAUACGAGAAAACGACCGACAAGAGCGACAUUGCUGAUGGAAUCAACGCGCUCGGCAAUGUGAGCUCGAUUGAGCUUGAGCUGCAUCUCGAAGGCGACUUCAAGGCGACAAAGAAGAAGAUCACAUGGCUGUCCAAGGAUCAAGAUCUGGUGCCUGUCGAGCUGGUGGACUUCGAUCACUUGCUGAUCAAGGACAAAUUGACGGAGGAGGAAGAGGAGCACUGGGAGGACUUUUUGACACCAAAGACCGAGUUCAGAUCGUCCGCUCUGGCAGACUGCAAUGUAUGGGAUGUGAAGGUCGACGAUGUGAUCCAGUUCGACCGAAAGGGUUAUUUCCGAUGCGACAAGGCUGCUACGAAGGACUCACCGGGCGUGUUUUUCAAGAUCCCAAGUGGAAAGGAGUAA